AUGUGGUUCGCGGGCAUGGAGGGCAGCGUCCUCGGCGUGUGGUCCGCGCACGGCGAGGGGAAGUUCGAGUUCCCGAGCCCCGCGCUCCGGGAACGCGCCGAGAGAGAGGGGCACGUGCCGCUGCGCUUCGUGGACGACCAGGGCAGGAGCACGCAGGCCUACCCCUACUGCCCCAACGGCUCGCCUGGCGGCAUCGCUGGGAUGACCACCAGGGACGGCAGGCACCUGGCCCUGAUGCCGCACCCGGAGCGCUCGGUGCUGAAGUGGCAGCUGCCCUGGAUGCCGAACGAGUGGAGCCGCGAGGGGCCACAGGCCGCGCCGUGGCUGCAGCUCUUCAUCAACGCGAGGCGGUUCUGCAAUUGA